AUGAGUCCCCAAUGGAUACCACAGAAUAUACAGAAAAGGCUACUUUUAUACGUCCUUCAGCAACUAUCAUUGUUUUCCGAGAUUGAUUUGCCUAAUCUUGAGGAAGUCUCACUAAAUAAUAUUGUUCUUAAAAAUAUUGCCAUUGAUCCAGAAAAAGUAGGAAAACUUCCCGGAUGUAAUCUUAGAUAUGGACAACUUGGAUCUUUAGAAUUGGCUACCAUAUCAGGUAUAAGUGGAGUCAAUAUUGAAGUUAAUGAUGUUGAACUUGUGAUUUCUCCAGAUUUUGAUAUUGAUGAAGAUAUUGCUAACCAUGUAGCGCAUCUGUUGGCUCAAAGUACGGCCGAUUUGGCCAACACAAUCAUGCUUGAUAAUGAAAUCGAUGACAACAAUGAGGAUGAUAAUACUUCUUCGGGUAAUCAAAUAAAGGACAAUUAUGAUGAUGAUGAUGAUGAUGAUGAUGAUGAUGAUAGUGAUGAAGAUAUCCCUAAGACUAAUGACAAGACACGUCGAGCUAGCCUAACUGGGAAGAAACCUUCAACUUUGGGAGGAGUCAUGCAAAAAGCUGUUGAGAUGGCAUUACUGAGAUUACAAGUGAAGAUCAGUAAUCUAAGGGUCAAGAUAAUUUCUGAGUUGACAGAUUUGCUAAUGGAAGUAGAUACUAUUGAUAUAAAGAGUAUUAAUGGUACGCGAAAUGUCAAAGUUGAAGGAGCUCGAUUAAAGACUUUAAAACCAUUAGUCAAUCCAGGUGAAUCCUGUGCAACUAAAGAAUCAAAAUCAACUGGUGAGAAUAAAUCCAAUCCUAAAGAUACACAUACACAUAAUGAAGUAAACGAAAAGAAUAGUGAUGACGAUGACAAAGAAGAAGAUGAUGAUGAUGAAGAUGACACCAAUGAUUAUGGUGAUGAAUCUUUGAUGGAUAGCAUGGUUUUCACACAUGAAGAAGCAAGCUCGAUAUACAUGAGUGCUACAUCACAAUCUUUUGAGAAAUCAACAACUUCACAAGGACCUGAAGGAGUUGACAAUAAAGCUGAUGAGGAGAGCACAGAAAACCAAGAUCCACCAAUUGUUUUUCAUAUGGAUGAGUGUGCUAUAGAGUUUGAUGGGUUAGCAACAAUAUCAAAUUUGGAAGUUGAAAUUGGCAAUAUAAAUUUGGCAUUCACUCCGUUGACACCAACAUUGAUAUCGAUUCUACAAGGAGUAACAAAAAGUCUCAAGAUUAAAUAUUACCAGAAAAAGAAGAAUGCAAAAACAAAACUUGCACAACGAAACAGGAAAUUCCCACAAUAUGCUGAAGAAGAUGAUGAAGUGGUUGAUGAUGAGCCACAACAAAAUAGUGAUUCUGAAGAUCCAUUUUUCAACAAACUCAAGAUUAACAACUUUGUUAUUAGUACAACAUCUGCAUUGAGUGGAACUGGAGAAUUUACAAGUAAUAAUGGUAUCAACAUAAUCUUUUCUAACAUAAAUAUCAAACAAAAAAAUGAGUUGUUGUUAUAUGGUGGGGUUGAAUCGGUAAAGAUUACACGUUUUGAAAAAGACACCAUUUUUGAUAUUUUUCAAUUUGAAAAACCUCUUGUUCUGCAAUCGCCCGUUUCCCCUGAUUCUGGUUCAUCGAUAUCUAGCAACACGCCUACGAAAGCGGAUGUACGGUUUGAAGUGUUUAAGAAAGCGGAAACAGCUGGUGAUUUGGAAAUUACAGUAUUGAUGGCAAAAAGUGCAUAUUUCAAUUUUGAUCUACAAAGUUUUUUAAUUUUAUCGAAUUUUGCUAAAGCAUUGAGCUCCAUUAUGGAUGAAUAUAGUGUGUUAAAGAAAGUGAUUGAUAAAUGGGGAACAGAAUUAAGUAAACUAGAAAAGAAAGGAGAUGUCUCAGAAGAUGCCACUAAAAUCCAGUUUAUUUUACAAACUGCAUCGAUUUUUGCCAAUACCGUUGUUGCCCGUGAUUUACAACUUCAAUUGAUAGUUUUCCCGAUAAAGUUCAAUUUAAUGCAAGAUCAGUUAACCAUAUCGAAGAUAUUACUUAAUUCAAUACAUGGUAAUGUUGUGGAUGAAGGAUUGGUAACGAUUUCAGACAUUGCUUUUAUAACGAAAACUAGUGAAUUCAAAGCUUUUGUUCAAUCAUCUACAACAAGUUCAUCGAAUUCGAAUUCUCCUUCAUUGCCUCGUCUUACCAAUAUGAUUUCGAAGCUGAGCUUGACCAUACAAAAGAUUGCUGUCGACUUAUCAAUGGAACGUUUGAAGUUUAUUGGUGAUAAAGUAAAAGUGUUUCUAGAUAACUUUGUUGAACAAUCGCCAAAUCAAUUGAAUUCUUUGGAGAACUCAUUUAUGGAUGAACCUCAUAGAAAGGGCAACUCGAAGUUGGAAAGUUCAAUGCUGAUGGCUUCAUCAUUGCACUAUAGUACAAGACGAUCAGGUAGACGUCUUGGGCUUGGUUUAAAUAAUUCUCCUAGUUUAUUUUUGGGAUCUGUAAAUAGAGUCAACCUGGUUUCGUUUCAAUUAAUUAUCAAAGAAAUCACUAUUAGCAUUACUAAUGUGUUUCCAAAGUUUGGAGAUUUGAAUAUUGGUUUGUCUGAGAUUCAAAUGUAUAAGACCAAACAGGAUAUUCAUGGACAUGUUAUGUUUGUUGGUGUUGACAGGAAAAAGGACGAUUUGGUUGAAAGACUAGUGCAUCAAUACCAGGAUUUACCGCUUGAUAAACUUGCAUUCCCAUUGAUACAGAUUAAAUGUAAACUUGGUGAAAGAACCAAUAAGAUCGAAGUGAUUGCAAGAAACUUGCUACUUGAAUAUUACACUCAUUGGUUGCUUUUAAUGAACAAGGAUGAAUCGAUAAUAGAUGCCGUUGAAGAGGAAAUUAUUGAGAAGGUGGCACCUUCAUCUAAAUCAUCAUCACCGACAAAAUUUGAUGUCAGAUAUACCAUUUAUGACUGUAUGAUUGGAUUAAGUCCAGGAAGACUUGAUUGUAAGAGUUAUUUGUUGAUUGGGAAGGGGAACUCUGAUCUUUCGUUUGGAAUCAAUCAAUUUUAUAUUAAAUGUUCAUUUAGGAAUCUUACGAUGGUGUUGAUUGAUGAUGCUAAGAAUUUCAUUCCUUUUGAAACAAAGAAACAAAAUCGUCGGAGUGCAAGUGGACAAGUCCCAUAUGACUACAUAUACCCAUUAGAGUAUUAUUUGAAUCUGGGAUAUAUACAAAUUGGAUCUAUAAAUGUCGCUCAUGUUGGAAUAACUUUUAAUACCGAUAUUGAAGAACUCAAAAAGAGGAAUGAACGACUUGGAAUUAGAGAUAGUUUAUCACUUGUUGAUUUGAAGAUCAAUUCUGAUGAACAUCAAAUUAAUUUAUGUGCUGAUUCAGCAAAUACUUUAAUUCAGUUGAUUAAUGACUUGAAAUUACCAUUGGAUUUCAAGGAUGAAGAUAAGAUGAAGGUCAAGUUUUCAGGUCCUAUUGAUGUAAUGAAAGAUAUUGAAGAGAAUAUCUUUAAGGAUUUAGAGGAAGAAUUUACAGAGUUGACAAUAGAUGAGGAUGGAAAUCCUAGUGAGAGUAGUUCACAAGAAGCAUCAUCAUUAUUGUUUGACGAGAGACAUUUUGAGAAAGAAAGUCGUUCAGUUUAUGAUAAUACUAAUGUUGAUCCUUUGCAUAUUAAUAUUAAUUUAUCCAAGACUAGUAUUUAUCUCCAUGAUGGAUAUGAUUGGAAAGAAACAAGAAAAGCUAUCAGAGGUACAGUUAAGAAGUUUGAAAAACAACAACGGGAAAGACAAGAUUUGGAGCAAGAUCAAUUGCAAGAUACUAAUGAACCUCCAAAAAGAACAAGAGUUGAGUUUGAUAUUGAAGAGGUUCCAGAAGAGCAAGAAAAUGAUGUCAUGGAGGAAACAUUAUAUCAAUCCAUCCAUCUUAGCGCUCCUAAGAAAUCAAACGCAGUUGAUUUGACUGCAAGUAUUAAUAUGGAGUUGCAAAAUGGAGAUGUUGAUGAUGAUGACUUGGAUGAUGUUGAUAAAUUUGAAUCUAAUGUUUCUCUGGGUAAGAAUUAUAAGAAUUUAAAACUCAGACGUUCUGCUAAACAUAAAAUUUUAAUUGAUUUAAAGAAUAUUGAAGUGGGGGUUAUUGUCUAUUCCACACGUGAUCCAAGAAAGGACAAAACUGAUGAAAAUAUGGAGUUUGAAUUGUUGAAUUUAGUAGAAGUUCGGGUCAAUACCAUUAAUGUUUAUGAUAAUUUACCAUCAUCUACUUGGAACAAGUUUCUUGGGUAUAUGAAUAUUCUUGGAGAAAGAGAAAUUGGUACCAAUAUGUUGAAUGUUUCGAUUUUGAAUGUUAGACCAGACCCUACAAUGGUUGCUGCUGAAGCUAUUAUGAAUAUCUCUGUAUUACCAUUGAGAUUGCAUAUCGAUCAAGAUGCAUUAGAUUUCAUGGUUAGAUUCUUUGAAUUCAAAGAUGAAAGAUUUGAAUUACCUCCAGAUGAGAUUGUAUACAUUCAAAAAUUUGAAAUGAGUCCUGUUAAAUUAAAAGUUGAUUAUAAACCAAAGAAAGUUGAUUUUGCAAGUUUAAGGUCUGGCAAAGCUGGUGAAUUUGCAAAUUUUUUUACGUUAGAUGGAGCUACUUUAACAUUACCUAAAGUUAAAUUAUUUGGUUUAGAUGGAGCUGCUAAGAUUGGUGCUGGGUUAGGUAAAUCAUAUAUUCCAGUAUUUCAACUGACACAAGUUAUUGGUAUUAUUGCUGGACUUUCACCAUUAAGAUCAGUUGUUAACAUUGGCGGUGGUUUUAAAGACUUGAUUGCCAUUCCUAUCAAUGAAUAUAAAAAAGAUGGUAGAUUAUGGAGAAGUAUUCAAAAGGGAACAACUUCUUUUGCCAAAACUACAGGAUAUGAAUUGUUGAAUCUUGGAGUGAAGUUAGCAUCUGGUACUCAAGUAUUAUUGGAGCAAGGUGAAGAACUAUUUGGAGGUGAAGGGUCGUCAGCUAGAACACCAAAAAAUCAAAGACAACGUCGACGUUCUUCGAGUGCAUCAGAUACGCUGGUUCAAUUAGUAGAAGGUGGUGGUGGUGGUGGAUCGAGGCGUAAGAAUUUACUUGAAAGCUCUCAAUUGUUGAACAAAGCAUCUAGUAAGAUGAAACAUCAAGAUGUUGGAGCAAAUAAGUUGUAUUCCAACGUCGAAUUAGAUGAUGAGGAUAUGGAUGGAGAUGGUCGUAUAACUAAUGAAUUAUUGAGUAAAUCGAUAUUCUUAUUGGCUCCAGUUUCGGAUGACAAAGGAGAGAAAUCCGAUGGAGAAGAAGAAUUUGAAAUUUACCCGUAUAGCUUGUAUGCGAAUCAACCGGAGACAGUAGGAGAAGGAUUAAAAUUGGCGUUUAAGAACUUCAAUAGAAACAUGCAACUUACAAAAGAAGAAUUGGUCAAAUUACAAGGAACUGAGAAUGCCAAAGGGGCAAUGCAACAGAUACCUGUUAUCUUGCUUCGACCAAUGAUUGGUACAAGUGAGGCCAUUGCCAAUGUUUUACUGGGAAUUAGUAACUCUAUUGAUAAGGAUAAAUUAAUUGAGAAACAAGAAAAAUAUGGUUCAUAG